AUGGCGGGUUACGUAGGUGAUGAUGAUUUUUCUGAUGAAAAUAUACAAAAAUUUAACAAUGAAAGACGAAGUAGUAAGCAAUGGGUUAAACUUAAUGUUGGAGGAACUUAUUUCUUAACUACAAAAACUACGCUAUGUAGGGACCCAAAUUCAUUUCUUUAUCGAUUAGUUCAAGAGGACAGUGACUUAAUUUCAGAUAGGGACGAAACAGGCGCUUAUUUAAUAGAUAGAGAUCCUACGUACUUUUCACCAGUGCUCAAUUACCUCCGACAUGGUAAACUUGUAAUAAAUAAUGAUAUAGCAGAAGAAGGAGUUUUAGAAGAAGCAGAAUUCUACAAUAUUACCGAGCUUAUAAGAUUAGUUAAGGAGAGAAUAUGUUUAAGAGAAAGAAGGCCUCUAAAAGAUUCUAAAAAGCAUGUGUAUAGAGUAUUACAAUUCCAUGAAGAAGAACUUACUCAGAUGGUUUCCACUAUGUCAGAUGGUUGGAAAUUCGAACAAUUAAUUAAUAUUGGGUCUCAAUAUAAUUAUGGGACUGAAGAACAUGCAGAAUUCCUUUGUGUUGUUAGUAGAGAAUGUGGCAGCUCCUUAAACAGUAAUGAUAUAGAACCUACUGACCGUGCAAAAGUAUUGCAACAAAAAGGAUCGAGGAUG